AUGGCCCAUUGUCGGGGUGGCUCCGCGCCGUCGUGGUCUCUCCGCACCGUCGUGGCUCCUCCUCGAUGCGGCCCGCGCCGCUGCGUGGCCCCUCAUCAGAGUGGCCCGCCCUUUAGAGAGGAUGGGGAGGGGAGGGGAGGAGAGGGGGCGGCAGAUAGGAAGGGGAGGGGAGGGGCGUCGAGCUCUGAGGGAAGGGGGAGGGAAGGAGAGGCGGCGUCGACGUUUGAAGGGAGGGGAGGGGACGGGCAGGUGUGGCUUCGAUGGUGGGAGUGGGAGUUAGGGUUUUCUGAUGAAUUCCUAUAUAUAUUGGAGUUGGUAGUAGGCUGCCCCGCCCGCCCCCCACGCACGCGCCCAGCCCCACUCCCCGCCGGCGGCCGCGCGCCUCCCUGCGCCCCGCGCGCCCCGCCCCGCCGCCCGCCGCGCCCCGCCCGCCCCACCCCGCGCCCCGCCCCGGCCACCGCGGCCCGCUCCGGCCAGCGCCCCGCCCCGGCCACCGCGGCCUGCCCCGCGCCCCGCCCGCCCCUCCCCGCGCCCCGGCCCGGCCAGCGCGCCGCGCCCCCGUGGCCCGAGACCCCGGCCCUCCCCCGCGCGCUGCAGCCAGAGAAGGCAGCGGGGGGUAGCAGAGCCACAGUCAGCGGGUUCGAACCCGACUCCACCAGAGGGGCCUUCUCCACAGGGGCCUUCUCCACAGGGAGGGUUGCACGGUGCCCCUCCUCCACAGCCGGGGUCUACGGUGGCCCUCUUCCGCAGGCCGGGUGGCCGCCUCUCCCUCGUCCGCCGCCGGGUGGCACUACUCAGCCGCAGCAGGGUGACCCUGUGUGGGACCAGUGGGCUGAUUCACACUCUGCUCACCAGGGGGAGCCGUAG